GGUGCUCAGGAAGCGAGAGAACGGUAGUCGCCGGAGUAUUCGCGUUCGAGCAUGUUCGGCACAUAGCUGUGGGCACCUCUCUGUCGCCUCGACCGAGCGAGCGCCUCCCCGUCCCCCUGUGUCUGUCACCGUUUCUUGGUGCGUGGGUAGCGCGAGUGGUCGACAAUUUGUAAAUAGUUAUAAUCAGCCGGCACGCCACAUCCUGGUUACCAUGCCGUACUACAACAGUGGCCACAGUCCCGCUUACAACAAAGACGGCGGCUCCAGCGGGCCGUCCAGCACUUCUGGCGGCCGCGCCAGCAGCUCGGAGCCGACGUACAUGAUGGAGCAUCUGGCCACGUUCACCGUCACGAAGGAAACCGGUAUUGUUUAUCCGGCGGACGGUAUGCGCCGGCUUUUACAGCUGGAGAAGAGCAACGGCAUCUGGAGUCAAAAAAUGCAGCUCCGUCUGGAGCGAAACUGGGUCCUUAUCAUGGACAACGAGACAGGGGCCGUCAUGGAGCGGUUCCCGGCUGCGUUGAUACAGGAACCGACGGCGUUCACGUCGCGGGACCCCAUGGAGAUGUACAACAACAUCCUGGUAUUCACCGUGGCCGACGACAGCGGUUCCGGCCAGCGCGCAGAGAUGCACAUAUUUCAAUGUCAGAGCGUGUCGGCGCAGGACCUCGUCGAGGACCUGAAGAUGCUGCAGAUGGGCAAACUGGUAACUGGCGGCUCGCCCAGGGGUCCCAGGGGCCACAUCCCACCCCCGCCUGCCUUGCCGCCGCCGGAACCACCUUUGAACGGCGUCAAUGUCAGGGAGCAAGUGUCCGCUUUCAACGCAGCUAAUGCAGACGGUCAGAACGACAUAUCGCGGGAGGAGAACAACGACGAGGUGUCGUCGACGUCCUCGGAGAAGUACGAGCGCGACGUGACAAUUCUGAACCACUGCUUCGACGACAUCGAGAAGUUCAUCGCGCGGCUGCAACACGCGGCCGCGGCGUCGAGGGAGCUGGAGCGCCGGCGGCGCAACCGCAAGUCGAAGAAGAGAAACCUGGGCGACGGCAUGCUGACGAUGAGAGCGAAGCCGCCGCCCGAGAUGGAGUUCGUCGAUAUAUUCCAGAAGUUCAAGCUCUCCUUCAACCUGCUGGCCAAGCUCAAGGCGCACAUCCACGAUCCCAACGCGCCCGAGCUCGUGCACUUUCUCUUCACGCCGCUCGCCCUCAUCGUGGACGCCUCUCACGACACCAAUUACGACCCGAACCUACCGAGCAAAGUGGUGUCGCCGCUGCUGACCCGCGAGGCGGUCAACCUGCUCAUCAACUGCGUCACCAGCAAGGAGACCGAGCUCUGGCAUUCGUUGGGUGACACGUGGCUGAUACCUCGCGACCAAUGGAAGGGCCACGUGCCGCCGUACCACCCGAUCUUCAUGGACGGCUGGUCGCCGGAGUAUCCCAUCCCGGAGGACCGCGACCACGACCACUUGGCCUCGCUGUUGAACGCCGACAAGCAGAAGAGGGACGAGCUGCCGGAGCAGCAGAACGAUCCCUACUACAACCACCGCGACGUUGACGAGUCGCACUACAGCAGCGACUACCUGGAAUACGAGAGCCGCGAAGAGCGCGGCGGUAACGAGUACUUCGAUAGGAACUACGGGCCGGGCUCGGAGCUCUACGGUCGGGAGGAACGCGCGGACCAGACCAGGGCGCACAGCGACAUUUCCGUCGACUCGAUCGAAAGGGCGCCACGCGCCGCCGCCGGCAUGGAGCGAGCGCAGGAAGCUUGGCUGGACGAGCUGGUGGCCCGCCACGCCAAGAUCGUGCAGGUCACCUACCCGCGCACCGCGAACAACGACAAGGAGCUGACGGUGGUCAGGGGCGAGUACCUGGAGAUCCUCGACGACAGCAGGAAGUGGUGGAAGGCGAGGAACUCGCGGGGACAGGUCGCGCACGUGCCGCAUACUAUCGUCACGCCGCACAAUCCCGCCCAUGCCGCCGACAACGAUGUCUUUAACAAUCCUCUGUACACCAGCAGAUACCCGAGGCAGGGGCACGGCUAUAAUUACGAGGAUUCGGAGAUCGAGAGAACCAGCACUAGUCCAGGCCCAGAAGCCACUCACCGAACACACGCGAUCCCGCCGCCAGCGCCUGCUGAUUGGGUGAGAAAGGAAAGACUCGGCAAAAAAGAUGACGUCGUCGUUUACAACGAAACCCCGGUCGCUGUUAACGUUACCCCUUCCUCCGUCGAGACACCCAACAGGAAGCUCAACAUGUCGCAAAGCAUCGUGGUGGUUCAUCCGCCACCCCGUAACAUCACUCCAGACUUGGUACCAGAAAAGCCGACUUCACCACCCCCGCCGCCGCCGAUGGCUCCCAUGCCAGCGUUGCCUGCCCCUCCGGUGAUCCCGGCACUACCUGCACCAGCCUCGUCGACGGUACUAUCUUUGCCGCCCCCGCCACCGCCUCCGCCACCCCCGUCCUCGACCCCGUCGACUCCGCCGCCUCUUCAGACGCAGAAAUCAACGACGUCGAUCACCUCCACGAGCAGCAAAGCCGAGAAAAGCAACGCAAGCAGUCUAGUGCAGGUUCACAAUGAGCUCAAGUUCGUUCUGUCGAUAUUCCGGGAAAAGAAAGCGAAUUCGCCCAAGAACGAUACGCAGCAGGAGAUUUGGCUGAAUCAGCACUCGACUCCGCGGGAUGUCCAAGCUUGGUUGACAGCCAAAGGAUUCGCGCAAAAAAUUUGCAAGCAGUUCGAAAGCAUGAACGGCACGGAGCUGUUUAACUUGACCAGGCGGCAAUUGGAACAAUAUUGCGGAAUGUCCGAGGGAAGCAGGCUCAACGGCCAAUUGACCUUAGCAAGGAACGAAAGCGGGUACAAAACCGCACGGUCGUCGGAGCUCAAGCAGAUCCUGGAGAAAGCGCGCCGACGGGCGGAGGAAUUAAAUGACAAGGAUGAAGUCAAACAAUGAAUCGCCGUUCUUCACAUGCUACACGUGAAGCGAAGCUGAAAUGUCGCGAAUAAUGCGAACUAUUCGACCGGACGCGAGUUUACAUUCUAUCACGCGAAGAUCGUGAAUUUGAGAGAAAAAAAGAGCCACGGAAGGUAGAACAAAACGCACGGUAUUCUCUCUUGGUUCGCCGCAGAAAAUCGUCGGAACGAGAAACACCGUCAACAACUGUUUUAUUCUACCUUGUACAUUGUGAUAACAUCGUUUACUGCGAGUCGAAGCAAUAUGCAUGCCAAAGAAUAUUCAGCAAGCCAAGGGAGCAUGCACCUAAGAAUUACCUGUGAUGUUUUCUCUUUUCGUUCGAAAAUGCGAGCAAUAAAUGUUGCCUAUCUAUUGUAUUUUAACGAACUUACUCAUAGAUAGGUUGUUCCUCGGUACGCCGCUCGAGUCGGUCGCUCACUUGAAGCAUUGAAUUUGAUAUAAAUUGUACAUAUAGAAUAUAACUAGAAUCACCUUAGUACUCGACAACAAACAUACGGUAUAACGUUAGAAAAGAAACUGAAUGCGGCAUUCGCGAUGUAAAUUAAAUUAUCGCGCAGAAAAGUAUAUCGUCAGACUGACGGUACUGAUAUUAGAGAUCGGUAAUUAGUAAAAGAAAAAAAAACGCAUGUAAUCUACGUGUAUAUGACGUAAUAGUAUCGAAAGUUUCUAUUAUAACCGCAAAAUAAAUUGUUGAUAAUAGAAACGUCCCGCCGCUGGAUUUAUUCAUUUUACAAAUCCCUAAGCUCUGUCUUCUCGACACUUAAAAAAAAUAUCUAAAUAGUGAAACGUAUGUAUUUAUUUAGUGAGUACUAACAUAUUCACUAAAUCAACCUCUCUUCUAAUCGUUCUUUUAUUCAAAUAGAAUAAGCAAUUUCAUAAAAGAUUACAGAUUUAAGAAGAAAAUGUAUAUUUUCUCACAUGAAAACAUUUUUUCCAUAAAUAUAAGAAUA